AGUUUUUUUUGGAAAACCACAAAAACAACAACAUUCCUCAAAAUGACAGUUCUCAAGUGAUAAGUGCUUACGUCAUAAAAAUUUCGUGUUCCGUAUACUAGUGAAUAAGCCAACGAUAACGUGUAAUAACUUAGCAGAAAUUCAAGCAAGUUUGCGAUAUCAUAAAGUGAGUACAGCAGAUGUAAGUGCGAUGUUCAUGCUCUGCCGAUAGUUCUGCGGACAAUACGUAAAAGUGUCUAUGCUGAAUAUGCUAAGUGCACCGACUGCAUAAAGUAUCAAAUAGUCCCCUGCCAGCUUCUUUUCUCGUUGUGCUUUUCGGACUACCAGAGUAGGCUGCUUUGAUAAAGAAUUUGCCACAUUCUUCCACAGUUCGCUUUGCUCUGCGACUUCCACGUAGGCGUACAUUCUUGUCGUCCUCAGCGCUAUCUUCAUCGUCUCCGUUGUCGCAACAAUGACCGAAACCGAGUACGAGAGCGUUGUGCUGGUGAAACAGGAGGUGUUUGUAUACAAAAUACCGCCACGGCAAAGCAAUCGAAGCUACCGGGCUGCCGAUUGGAACCUUGCAGAACCGAUCUGGACCGGACGCCUGCGGAUGGUGUCUAAAGGACGUGCACUGUGCGUAAAGCUCGAGGACAAAAACAGCGGAACAUUAUUCGCCAACUGCCCGAUAGAGAGCUACCCGGGAGUUGCCAUAGAGGCAGUUUCGGAUAGCUCACGCUAUUUCGUGCUGCGAAUACAAGACGACAACGGGCGAACCGCUUUUAUUGGCCUUGGGUUCGGCGAUCGCUCUGAUUCCUUCGAUUUGAACGUAGCUUUGCAGGAUCACUUCAAGUGGGUGAAAAAUGAGGAAAAAAUUGAAAAGGAAAAGGUCGAACCAAAGCAACAGCUGGAUCUCGGUUUCAAGGAAGGUGAAACAAUCAAAAUAAAUAUGAAAAUAACGAAAAAAGACGGUUCCGAAGCAUCGUCGAGACUUAACAAUAAAAAAACGGGGUCCGGCGGUUUGCUGCCACCACCACCUGGGGGAAAUAAGGUCAGCUCACCUUCGCAUCAGCCAACGACCUCAGUAGCUGGCAGUGGCCAGACGGAAUGGGGGGAAUUUACUUCGGCAGGUGUACAAGGCGCUACUGCUGAGCCUUCGACCACGGCAACCACACCUAGUAAAGCGAAUUCUAACUGGGUACAGUUUUAAUUGGCGCCAGAAUAAAACUUAGCUGCCUAAGAUAUAGCUGUGUAGAGUACUCACAGCAAAAGGACAGGAAACACAACCAAUUUGAUUAUCAAUUUGUAGCCGAGUUUUUAGCUGUAAACCGAUAGAAACACUUACGUGAGUCGUUUGUUCUCCGUUACACAUACCCACUAAAUAUGUUAAUUUUUUUUUCUUCCAAAACAAGUACAAGAGACUUUGACAUUUACAUUACAACGAUGGAAAGACCAAACAUCUCGUAGGCUUCAUCUUGAUGUAUGAAGAUAUAGUAUAUGUCCAAAUGAAUGUAAUGACAAAGCUCUAACUCAUUCGAAACUUUUGUGUCUCGAACUCACUAUAGAAGGGAAUGGUGCUAAUGUAAUUUUACUUGGCUUACGAAGGGCAGGAGUCGAAUGUAACGUUGGAUCUGCAACAAAAGAUAAUCAUAAAACUAUUCAACAGCAAUAUGGGCUAUACAAUAGAACGCUACUGCAAACAGUGGAAGAAGUAUAUAUUUUUCCUCGAGUUAAACUUUUUUUCCAAUAUUAGCAAUAAUUUAAUUAAAAGGAACGAGUGUUCUUAAAUGUCAUUUUGCUGUCUCAUAACGUAUCAUCAAUUUAACAACUGAAAUUACACAGUGAGCGGCAAGCUAAGCUGGUUAUGAAAAUAUUCAUGGUGAUGGAAGCCUUAUCUGAGGUCCUUCAAGCAUAUCUGCAAAAAAUUAAAGCUCAUACAUAGCGUCGGUAAGCGAAAGUCGAUCCAAAUCGCUCGGCGAUGUACAAUUAGGUGUUGGGAUAGGUGUGUGCGAGAAGCUAAACAAAAGCGACAAUUGUUUCCGAAAUAUUAGGGAUAAGUCCUAAAACCGCAAUGUUAUUUGUUACACCGAAUACGUGAAGAUGUUACAUGCUAAGUACGACAUGCUUGCUGGUAUGUCCCCCCUAAGGAACUAAAGCUGGAAACAGUAAUUCCGAAAGGUGAUGGUUGAAGAACCAAGGUAAGUGUUUUAAUGGGCAGGCCCCCUUGGGUGAAAAUCCCUCACUGCAGGAUGUAUUGUGGCAGUACACCAACUAUUCCCUCGUCUUGGAAAAAUCUUUAAAAAUAAGUAUGAUUGAUAAUAUAAAUUCGCUACGCGGGUAGCAUUGGUACGAAUCAAUGUAUAUACAGACUAUUGCACGGGAUGGUUGAAUUUCAAGCAAUGGUUUAUAGAUUCAUAGAGUCUGCAUUUGUAUUUUUCACCUAUUGCUUUAAUUUCGGAAUAUUGACAAAAUGACCCCAAAAAUUAUCGCUCAGGUUUCAAUUGCAUACAUUUUUUUUAGAAAAUUUCCUCCAUUUGAGUGAUUAUUACCACAAUUAUUACUUUAAUUUUACUUCAAUAAUAAUUAAAAGAAUUGCAUCUAGAAUUACUACGUUGUGAAGAAGAACAAAAUCAUCUAUAUUUACAAUGUUGGGGUUGAAUGUUCCUUUAUCGUUUUGUAAAGUAAAAAAAGCAUCAAUCUCAAAAAAACUUUGCAAAAUCCUUCGAAACCAUUGCUGCACAUAUAUACGAAUCGUGUCUCUCCUUAUUGUUGAAUCAGUCAGUUACUCACAUGAGUCUGAUUUGAUUUUACAAUCUUGGAAGAAAUAUGAAAUUAAAGUAACAUGUCUUUACGUUAAUGUUUUUAUUUCUCUGUUUGCUUUGUAUUUCUUUUAGUUCAUCCUUUUUAUUUUAAAAGAGAAUUAAUUUUUUUGCUAUACCAAGAAAAAUAAAACCAGUCGUGCAUUCUGUCACAAUAUACACCGGCGAAAGUAUCUAAAUGCGUAUCUUAAUGUAUUCUAAUGUUGUAUGUAAAGACAUAUGUAUAUCACGCAGUUACAUGUAAUGCAUAUAAGACAAAACAUGACGGCAUGUACGGUUCAAAACGAGAAAAGUAGACAUAUGUAAGCGUAAAUACGAUACGAUAAAUAUGAUCAAUAGAAAGGAGGAAAAACAUCUGGAGAUGUCACAGCAACUAAUAGAGUGCAUGAAAGAGAAGCAGUAAAAAAGGUGAACUACGAAAGCUGUAGAAACUUCCAAACACAUUUGAAAGAAUUCUGCAAACAAAUAAGUUUUAUUUGAAAUACAUAAGUGUAUUUAUGUAUUGUGCUGUAAAUUGAUCUUGGUUGCAAAAGCAGAACACCUUAAAUCAAUUGUUUUUUUCUAAAUUAUCCUUGAAAUAUUUUGUUUUGUCGUUAUAAACACAGUGUUUUCUAUCUUGUUAUUCGUGUUCUUUCUUUCUUUCUCUUCGUCAAUUCUAGAUUUAUUUUCUUUUGAAACAAUGAUUCCAAUCGUUAUUAUUAGUUUGUUUUAUUAUUUAACAAUACCACAUAAAAGCAUUCCUAUGCAUUCCCGUUCUUUUAGUUAGGAUUCAUAGUGCGAAAAAUCUACAAGACCAGAAUGCUGUGCUGCCAGUACAGAAAGAUCAACGUAUGUUUGUCCAUACUAAUCUACAUUAUUUUAGCAGGUCUUUGUAAAAGUCGCAGCACAGAAUGGCAGUCGAAUAAUUAAUACAAUUUUAUCAUUAUAUGAGCAAUAGAAAAUUGCAGAGAAUCCCAUGUACAAUUUGUUUUUUUUUUUAAUGGAAACGCAGUAUGUAUUAUAUUUUCUUUGUUAGCUUCUAGUGAUGUGCAGUUUAUUUUUCUUGUAAUGAAUUAUUGAAUACACUCACAAGUAAAUAUAGAAAUAAAGCUGAACAAAUGUUAUGUGAAUCCAUACCGAAAUUGACGAUGUUACCCAUGAACACUUUUUCUAUUAGCACUAGCCGGAGAUUUGAAUAUACAUGCACUACAAGUAUAUCAUUACGAACGUAUCAUGUACGUGUUCCUAGCGAAAAAAUAUAUAUCCCAUGUAACAAUGCAUUAGAAAAAGUGUCGACCGUUUUCCCUAUUUUAAUAUAUCUAUAGUUUAGAUUAAAGAGAAGAUUCACAUCUGUUGCAUGUCACAAGCGCGUUUGAUCCUUAAAAUUUUGGGUUUUUGGCAAACCAACUAAUCCGUCGCUUUGGUGGUGAAUUCUGGAAAUGAUAAACGAAACAGACCCAUUGUUGCUAUAGACUAUUUAUUGUUAUAUAUGGUAUAGUAGUGAAAAUAUAGCCUGUAUACGAAAU